GCCGGCCAUUAUAUAAUUUCUGUAAUUAUAUAUGGCUGUGCUUAGUCUAAAACUCUCCAAUUAGCAGCAUUCUACUCCAAAACCUUGCCAUGAACCCACUCAUAUCUUUGCUUCAAUGCCUUGUGCUAAUUAUUUCUCUCUGUAUCACAAUCUCAGUUUCUGCUACACGUUUUAACAUCCCGCGGCUAAGUCCCAAUGCUGGAGCAUUCGUACAAGGAAAUUAUUUUGCACGCGACCACCCAAAACCUUUGUCUGCAUUUGAUCCAGUUACAGAAUUUCAAACAUUUUAUUACAACCAAACACUUGACCAUUUCAACUUCAGGCCUGAUAGCUUCAAUACUUUUCAGCAAAGAUAUUUGAUCGAUUUCAAGCAUUGGGGAGGCUCCAAUAUCAGCGCACCAAUAUUUGCUUACCUCGGUGAAGAAGAAGCCAUUGAUGCUGAUCUGUCUAUUAUUGGCUUUCUUAGUGAAAACGCGGACAAGUUUCAAGCUCUCCAGAUAUUUAUCGAGCACCGUUACUAUGGGCAAUCAGUCCCAUUUGGAUCAAGGGAAGAGGGAUUUAAAAAUGCAAGCACUAUUGGGUACUUCAACUCAGCUCAAGCAAUGGCAGAUUAUGCAGAGAUCCUCAUACAUGUAAAGAAGCAACUCCGCGCUGAACAUUCUCCGGUGAUUGUUAUCGGUGCAUCAUAUGGUGGAAUGCUUGCUUCAUGGUUUCGGCUAAAAUAUCCCCAUGUCGCUCUAGGAGCUCUAGCCUCAUCAGCUCCAAUUCUGUACUUUGAGGACAUUAUUCCACCUGAAAAAGGAUAUUAUUCAAUUGUUACCAAAGAUUUUCAAGAAGCCAGUGAAACUUGCUACCAGACCAUAAAAAAGUCGUGGUCCGAAAUUGAUGAUAUUGCUUCCAAGCCUGAAGGCCUCUCAUUUCUUAGCAACAAAUUCCGCACUUGCAGUCCGUUGACCAACUCGUCUGAGCUGAAGGACUACUUGGAUAGUUUGUACUGUGAGGCAGCUCAAUACAAUAGGCCACCAAGUUAUCCAGUUACUGUUGUCUGUGGCGGAAUUGAUGGAGUUUCUUCUGGAAAUGAUACUCUAAGCAAAAUAUUUGCAGGUGUUGUUGCAUAUUAUGGAAACAGGUCGUGCUAUGUUAAUGAACCCAGAAACCUAUCUGAAACAGAUGUAGGGUGGAGUUGGCAGACAUGUAGUGACUUGGUGAUUCCCAUGGGCGUCAGCAACGAAUCCAUGUUCCCACCUUACCAAUUCGAUCUGCAAGAAUACAUCGACUCCUGCAAAGCAUUAUAUGGUGUCCCUCCUCGUUCUCAUUGGGUCACUACUUACUUUGGAGGCCAUGAUAUAAAACUGGCACUCUACAGGUUCGCAAGCAAUAUUAUUUUCUCCAAUGGACUACGAGACCCGUACAGUAGUGGCGGGGUUUUGGAGAACAUAUCAGACACUGUCGUUGCAGUCCUUGCAAAGAAUGGGUCUCAUUGCUUAGAUGUACUUCGAUCAGAUAGUACUGAUCCAGACUGGUUGGUGGAGCAACGAAAAACUGAGGUGAAGAUCAUUGAAGGAUGGCUGGCCGAGUACUAUGGCGAGCUUCGGGCAUUCGAACAGUAGACGUCAAACAAUUAAUUAAGACCGUAGAAAAAGUUGAUUAAUAAUUGCAAAGAUUCUUAGGCCAAUUAUCCCUUUUAUUCCAUAAGAAUUCGAGAAAGACGUCCAGUAGAGGCCAGCCAUGUGUUGUAUCCUCAAACUUUGUCUCAAUUAUCAGUUUAUCCCGAAUGCCUUCUAUUGUUGUUUCGACCA